AUAGACAGUAGCGGGUGAAUAUCAUGUCGUAGAUCAUGAAUUUUAUUAGGCUGACGUACUUUGUUAUUACACGAUGCCAGAGAUAAGUACUGACAAGGCGUGCCUUACAGCUGGCUCAAACGACGGUGGUUAUGUUGUAAGAUUUCCGAUUCUUAAUCCCUAAUCCAACAACUCCUGGGGUGAUACACACAUAUCCGAAUUGCAAACGUUCAGUUAGUGACAUCUACGCUGCCCUAAGGCGAACGUCCACUGAGAAUCGAGCUGGAACCCCCCCCCCCCAAAGUGUCUGUCCUUCUGCAUGAUCCAUCAUGGACGGUUACUAUGAUGCGCGUUGCCCCGUAUAUGCGCCCUUUUUCGGGGCCAUGGGGUGCGCGGCAUCAAUCAUAUUCACAGUGAUAGGGGCUUCCUACGGGACUGCAAAGUCGGCCGGGGCCAUAUUCUCGUCUGGUAUCAUCCGGCCAGAGCGUUUGAUGCAAAAUACGCUGUGCGCAAUCAUGGCGCAGAUUCUCUCCAUCUACGGAUUGGUGUCGAGCGUGAUAAUCCAAGGGGACCUGGAAGAGAAGAUGCCGCUGUAUACUGGCUUUGUCCAAUUCGGAGCCGGGAUCUCAGUCGGGCUUUGCGGGCUCGCGGCUGGGUUUGCCAUCGGCAUCGUAGGGGAUGCCGGCGUCCGCGCUAGCACGCAACAGCCACGUCUAUACAUCGGGAUGGUACUGAUUCUCAUCUUCGCCGAGGUCUUGGGCCUCUACGGCGUCGUGAUAUGCGUCUUAAUGCUCACCAAGUCGAGGCAGAACGUGACACAGUGUCUUUAUUAGGUGAUACUGCGUUACCCCUGGGGUGGUCGAGUGGCCCAAUUCGAGGAUGAAUAUACAAGAGAGUUGGGGAUUUGAGGGCUACCGAAGAUAUAAAUUUGGCUAGGUGGUAUUUACAGAAUUAAUAAUGGAGUAGUGUCAUGGAAUCCUGCGCACGGAUGCGCUUAGACUCAGCGUUGUUAAGGGGAUAACGCUCAAUUGCCGUGAUUUAAUUGCUCCUCCAUGACAAGAGUUGCAUACGUCAAGUUUUACACCAACAUAUUUUCCUAGGCCA